UUGGCGGUGAGGGAAGACAAGGGCAGGGAACUCUGGGGUGCUCUUCGAGGCCCCGCCCAUCCCUCACGACCCUUCUGGGCUCCCUCCGGAGCCUCGGGGACGAGCAUGCGCAGGCGCAAUUGCACGGCUCUUGCCCCAGUGGAAGCAACGCCUCUCCCCCAAUCCUUAAAGGGCCAGAAGCAGCUAUAUCGCUCCAGCUCUUCCGCACUUUUGGGGGGCGGGGUGCGCAGGCGCAGUGGGGGGAACGCUAGGGUGGGGGUAGCGGUCGCGUAUCAAGUUGCUCUCUGUCCCGGCAGAAGAAGCCAAGGCGCAGAGGGUCCAGGCUCCAUCUUGCUCCCUCCUACAUCGGUUGGAAGAGAAAAGUUUGUGAAUUGGACCCCCAAGUUUGGGGGAACUCGAGCUUGCGACGUAGGGUAACAGAGGAGGCUCGUGGGAGCUUCCCCCAUGGAGCCCACCCACCCUGCAGAGGAUCUCAGCCUGACCCAGCAGGCUUCCACCCCAGAAUUUGGGGACCCAGAAGACCCCAGGGAUGAGGCCCCUGACAGUUCAGACACUGUGGUCCUCAGUCUUUUCCCCUGCACCCCAGAGCCUGGGAUUGCUGAACCAGAUGCUGGCACCUCCUCACCUCAGGGAGUUCCCUGGCUGGGGAUCAGAUCUGAGCUGUGGUUGCGACCUAAAGCCGAAGGCAGCUCCCUGAAGCACUCCACAACCCUCACCAACCGGCAACGGGGGAAUGAGGUGUCCGCCCUGCCAGCAACCUUGGACUCCCUGUCCAUCCACCAGCUUGCAGCCCAGGGGGAGCUGAGCCAGCUGAAGGAGCAUCUGAGGAAAGGCGACAACCUCAUCAACAAGCCGGACGAGCGAGGCUUCACUCCGCUCAUCUGGGCCUCUGCCUUCGGAGAGAUCGAGACCGUCCGCUUCUUGCUCGAGUGGGGUGCCGACCCCCACAUCUUGGCCAAGGAACGGGAGAGCGCCCUGUCACUGGCCAGCACGGGCGGCUAUACAGAUAUUGUGGGGCUGCUGCUGGAGCGUGAUGUGGACAUCAACAUCUAUGACUGGAACGGAGGGACACCACUGCUGUACGCCGUGCGUGGGAACCAUGUGAAGUGUGUCGAGGCCCUGCUGGCCCGAGGAGCUGAUCUCACCACUGAGGCAGACUCUGGCUACACCCCAAUGGACCUCGCCGUGGCUCUGGGAUAUCGGAAAGUGCAACAGGUGAUUGAGAACCACAUCCUCAAACUCUUCCAGAGCAACCUGGUGCCCGCCGAUGCCGAGUGAACAUCAUCUGCCAGGGACUCAGACACUCAGGGAACAAAAUGAUCAACCCAGAGCUGGGGGAACCCAGACCUGGCUUCAAAGGCAGCUCCUGGACAGACGGUGGGAGGGGGCCCUUUCCAAGAGGAGCCAAUAAACCUUCUGUGCAGAA